AUGGAAGCAUUCUCCAUCCGCCAAUACCAGCAACAUCAACUUUUACAAGGUUCCAUCGGACCAGAGUACUGCCCCUGUGGCUGUGGCCGGCGUUACAACUUAGGGACCCGUGAGGUCGAUCCACCGACUGAAGGCCUUGAUCUUGAGUCUUUGGGUGAUGAGGUCGAUAACGACCAGGGCUGGAGUGAGAGUGAUUGGACCGGCGACUCUGGACAGGUAUGGGAGGGGAAAGAGCUCUGUGAUGGUUUGAUUGGCGAUCGCUACACCAGUGAGGUGUAUCAGGAGGGAGAGUGGUAUGAAGAACGACAGGAAGAUUGGGGUCUGUCUGCUCAUGGUGAAGAAGUGGAGGAGGGAGACGACCGAGGCUACGACUAUUAUGAGGAUGGAAUCUUCGAAAACGAUUUGGCGGGACUGGAAGAUGAAGAGCUGGAAGAUGAUGAGGAAGAAAGGGACGAUAGUGAAGGUGAAGAGCAGAGUGAGCUUGACGACGAUGAUGAUGACGAGGCUGAACAUAUGCAGCAGACGAGUUAG